AUGCGGGUAUGUCUACAUGACGUACACUUGUACAUAAACGUGAUCUCUACUAAACUCUUACAAGAUAUUAAUUCAAAAUUUGUCGGGGUUAAACACUAUGAAAUUAAAGAGUUUGUAAUAAGCAUGUUGGCCAUUUCAAUAUACUUUCUAUGCAUUUUAACCUCAAUUUUCAAUCCAACAUUCAGUUCACCUACACCUUCGACAACGAUUAGUACUACUGACGAUGAAACUUCUACUGACAGUAGCGAACAAUUUAUUACUACUGAUAUUUAUGCCUAUAAAGUACCAGAUGCGGGUUUUAUUGAUGAUGAUUCAAGCUGGACAGUGAUUUCACAUGAUGCUCUUCAUGUUGCCCUGAAUUCAACAGACGAUUCAUUAGAUCACGAUGAUAUGACAACAGAAAGUGAAACAGUGCCAACAACAAAGACAACUACAUCACCUCCAACUACUACUACCACCACCACUGCUGCUACUACUACUACCACCACCACUGAUGCUACUACUACUACCACCGCCACUGAUGCUACUACUACUACCACCACCACUGAUGCUACUACUACUACUACCACUACUGUAACAGCUUCGACAGUUCAGUCUCCAGUCUCACAAAAAAGUACAGAAGGUGAGUCUAAUCAGCAACAAAAGCAACAGACUGAUGCAAACAGCAAAUCAGUAGAUGGAGGUACCGAAAAGGAACAUGAAGAAGUUAAAACAAUCCCGACAACAGAACCUACUGUAACUACAAAAACUACUAGUAAAUAGACAGAAAUAAAUCUACUAAUGACACUUUAAUCAUUUGAAUAAGGAUAACAUAUACUUACACACACAGAUGGAGAAGUUAUUAAAAUGAGUGAUUAAUUGUAAAAUAAGAGAUUUUAUUCCAUAAAAUUUUCUUGUAUGAUACUGAAAUAAUCGUUUCCUUUUCAAAAAAAGAUACUUGGUAC